CAUCUAUGCCUGUGUGUGUGUGUGUAAGAGUGCAUUGCAUGUGCUUCCUCUUCGCUAGCCCAAAGACUAGCAAAACAGUUGACGUGCGUUUCGCUUGUGAUAACAAAUUUGUGUUUCCCUUCAUCGAAGACCAAAUCAUAAAUCAAUCUAACAAAAUCUCUGCUGAAGUAUAUAUAUAUAUAUAUAUUAAUGACAAUUCAAGUGCUGUGACUCUAAGAAUUUAAGAAACAAACAAUCCCACAAUUGUAUUAAUAGCAAAACAUUUUUUUAUAUUGAAACGUGCGCGAAAUACGCAAAUAACUGAAAACUAUUGCUGAACACUGAAAGUACAGUCGCAUCGAAAAAAGUAAUUUCCGCAUUGAACCGUUAUACUACAGAUAGAGAGAGAGGAGGAAAAUGGCCGAUUGCUCAUUUGCCAGAUGCCAGCAGGAGCGGCGGCUCAUCAAGCGCGAGCUAAUGAAGUGGUCCAAGGAUAUGCUGCACAUUGUGGGCUUAGAACGCGUCGCUGAGGAAUUCAUGGGUCGCAGGAAAUGGAAACAUUAUCAAGAGCAAUUGACGCGCAACCAAUUGAAUAUCGCAGAGCAACAGCCCAUAUCAAUAAUAACGAGCGAAGAGACAGACGACAACAGCGAAUACAAGGAGAGCCACUGCAAGCCACUGAGCCAACGCUUAGAGCAGCCCAACGGCCAGCCAAUCAGCAGCAACAGCAACAACAACAACCACAACAACAACAACAGCAACGGCUUGUUGCAAUUUGAAGGCGAUUUUGACAACAACCACGAUACAUCACACGAGGAACACGACUCAAGUGCAACAUCACGUAGCUCCGUCUCACCGACUCCACCGCCAGAACCCAACGAUUGGACACCGUUUGAUAAGUGCAAUUUCUGUGUUAACGGUCGCUUGCUAACGGUUAACGCCAAAGGCGAAUUGGUGGCCGAAUCAACGGCCAGCAGCAACAGCAACAGCAACAUCACCAACAACAACACAUCUGUGCAUCAGCACGACAGCGACAGCAACUCGAGCGUAUCGCUGCACAACAGCAGCACAAAUACCAACAGCAAGCAUAGAGCACGCAACAACAACAACAACAAUAACAAUAUCAACAAUAUCAACAACAACAUAGCCACAACGUCAUCGCCCACGAGCUCCAUAGAACUGUAUAAGCUGCUCACGCAGCAAACAGCCAAGAUGACAUCCAUGGAAUCAAUGGCCGCCAAGCUGGCCCAAUUCACAAUGAUGGCCGACAUCAAUUUGAUGAACACGCUGGCCAGUCAACAACAUGCCAACUCCGUAACACCAACUACCUCGGAAGUAGCCGCCGCUGCUGCCGCCGCCGCCGCCGCCGCCGCUGCCGCUGCCUCUGCCUCUGCCGUGCCCAGUCCCACACUCAAGGAUGCACUGCACAGUCCACACAAUGCCGAUGCGCCGCUGGACCUAAGCAGCAAGCCAUCGCCGAACUCAUCGAUCAGCGGUGAUAUCAAGACAGCCAGAGCUCUGUCGGAGUGUGCCACGCCCCUUGGAGCCGGCGGCCGGCAGGCGUACAGCAAUGAGGAUCUGAGCAGCGCGCUGCAGGAUGUGCUGGCCAACAAGCUGGGCACACGCAAGGCGCCCAGCCAAUACCACGUGCAGCGCACGACGAUGCGCAGCAAACUGGGCAAAAUGUCAAUCGAUGGCAAACGUGCGACGCCCGACCUGCAGCAGCAGCAACUGUUGCAGCACGAGCUGGAGCUGGACGAGCAGGAGGAGUCCGGCGAUGAGGCCGGCGAUGGCGACAGCAAUGCGUCGGGCUACCAGGAUUUGGCCCAUCACAUGGCCGUCAACGAGCAUAUACGCAAGCUGGGCGACCUGUCCGAGCACAAUGGCAGCGACCUGGGCGACGAGCAGGAAUCGGUGAUGUCACCGAAACAGACGCAUUCACAGGGCGCCGGCACGCCCACUGGCCACCUGCCGGGCGUACCAGCUGGCGGCAAUGUGGCCGGCGCCAUAGAUACGCGCGUGCUGCUACAUACGCUGAUGCUGGCAGCGGGAAUCGGGGUGAUGCCCAAGCUGGAUGAGACGCAGACGUUGGGCGAUCUGUUCAAGACGCUGCUGAUGGCCAACAGUGGCGGCAUUCUGGCCCAGGAGAGCAACGGCAGUGCCACGCUCUUGCAGCAGCAGCAGCAGCAGCAGCAACAGCAACAACAGCAACAGCAACUCAAUGCGGUUGCUGCCUUUCGUCGUCAUCUACCAAAGUCUGAAACGCCGGAGACUAGCUCCUCGCUGGAUGCCAAUGAGGCGUGCGAGGAUCCUAUACUGAAGAUUCCGUCCUUCAAGGUCAGCGGCGCAACCAGCGUCUCGCCCACCAACAGCAACAAUGCCAGCGCCAACAUCAUCGUCAACAACAGCAGCAACAACAACAACAACAAUAGCAACUGCAGCAGCAACAACAACAACUCUAGCAGCAAUCGCAACGGGGAUCACAGUCCACACUCCGCCUCGCCGAUGCUGGCAGCAGCUGUUGCCGUUGCAGCCGCCAGCAACAGCUAUCGCAACAGCAACAACAACAGCAGCAGCAGCAACAAUCUGCUGUCGCCGACAGCAACAUCCAUACAAAAGAUGAUGGCCAACACCAUACAGCGCAAGAUCAACGAGCAGAGCAACCAGGACAGUCUCCUGGUCCUGGACAAGCGCAACAAUGGCAACACCAGCGGCAGCGAGUGCAGCAGCAGCGGCGGGGGCGGAGCAGGAGGCGGCGGCAAUACCAGCAGAAAGCCCAGCAUAUCGGUGGCCAAAAUUAUCGGUGGCACGGAUACCUCACGCUUCGGCGCCUCGCCCAACUUGCUGGCCCAGCAGCACCACAGCCAUCUGAGCGCCCAUCAUCAUGCCCAUGCACACACGCAUCCGCAUGCGCACCACCAGCAGCAGCAGCAACAGCAGCUGAGCGCGCAGGAGGCAGCGGCGCUUGCAGCUGGCAAGGGCACUCGGCCGAAGCGCGGUAAGUACCGCAACUAUGACAGAGACAGCCUGGUCGAGGCCGUCAAGGCUGUGCAGCGCGGCGAGAUGUCGGUGCACCGGGCCGGCAGCUACUACGGCGUGCCGCACUCGACGCUGGAGUACAAGGUGAAGGAGCGGCACUUGAUGCGGCCGCGCAAGCGCGAGCCGAAGCCCCAGCCGGAUCUGGUCGGGCUGACGGGCGCGGCGAAUAAGGUGAAUGCCAACCUGGUGGGGCUGAAUCAUCUGGACAAGCUGAAGGCGGGCAACAGCAGCAGCGGCAACAGCAGCAGCAACAACAGCAGCAGCAAUGUCGGCUCCAAGCUGAGCAACGCCCUGAAGAAUAACAGCAACGCGGCGAGUGCAGCGGCCGCUGCCACGCCCAACGGCCUGAAGCUGCCCAUUUUCGAUGGCGUUCAGCCGUUGUCCUUCCAGCCGACCAUGUUCUGGGCGCAGCCGAACGCCGGCGCCAACUAUGGCCUCGACUUGAAUCGCAAUAACGAAUUUCUGAACAACCAUCUGGCCGAGGUGAUACGGGGCAGCCCGCUGGGCGUGGCGGCCAAUCUGAACCACGGCCAUGUGCCGAGCGUGCACAUGAAGAGCGCCCUGGAGUACGCCGAGAACAUGUACGACGGCAUCAUACGAAAGACUCUCAAGCAGAACGACAGCGACGUCAUCCUCAACAGCAGCGGCAACAACAGCAACAGCGGCAAUGGCAACGGCAAUGGCACCGGCAACGGCAAUGCGCUGCUGGAUCAGCUGCUGGUGAAGAAGACGCCGCUGCCGUUCACAAACAAUCGCAGCAAUGAUUACAUCAAUGCCACCUGCUCCAGCUCAGAGUCGAGCGUGAAGCGUCCGGGCAGCCCGCUGGGCGCCUAUGCGGAUAUCAAGCGCGAGCGACUCAGCCCCAUGCGCAGCACGGCGAGCGCCAGCAGUGAGGACGAGCAGGAUGCACAUGUCAACACCACCAAUAACAACAACAACAACAACAGUGAGUUGGCACACAACAAGAACAACAAUGGCAAUGGCAACGGGCGCAGUCGGAUGACAUCGCGCGACUCGGAAACGGACGCCAGCAGCUUGAAGAGCGAGCAGUCGCUCAGCUCGGCAGCGCAGCUGCACAAAAUGAUGGAUCUCAAUGGCAGCAACAGUGUCAAAUACGAGCCAGAGCCGGCGGCAGCAACGGGGUCGCAAUUAUCGCCGAACAGUUCGAUACUGCACGACAAGCUGGCACAGAUCAAGGCCGAGCAGGCCGAGGAGCAGUUAUAGGUCCGGUGGCAACCAG